AUGGACGCAAGACCGAAAACCUCGAGUAUUGAAGAGGCGGCUAUCCCAAGCAUAGCAGACCCAGCGGCGAUCGAGAAACAAGCGACACGGCAAGGACUCGAGGCAUUGAAAGACAUAUCAUUCGGCAGCAUAGCCGGUAUCGCGGGCAAGGUGGUCGAGUAUCCGUUUGAUACGGUCAAAAGCAUACAGCAAGAUGGCUUUCGAGGGCUGUACAGAGGAGUGAGCGCACCAUUCGCCGGGGCGGCAGCAGAGACAGCUUGUCUGUUCUUCUCAUACCGCUUAGCACAGGAAGCUCUCUCUGCUGCGAGUGGUCUCAAGUCUGGCGAUAUCCUGCCCCUGAGUGGCCUUGUCACAGCAGGCGCGAUAUCUGGCAGCGUCACCUCUGUGGUCUUGACACCAAUCGAGCUUGUCAAGUGUCGCAUGCAGGUCCCUCUGCAGUCCCCACUGGACCCAACGCUGCCUCGAAAUGCAGGGCUGUCCACAAGAGCUGUCAGCCCCUUCGCUGUAAUAAGGGACGUCUACCGCCGCGAAGGCUUGUCCGGCUUCUGGCGCGGUCAGCUUGGGACGUUUCUACGCGAGACAGGCGGCACAGCUGCUUGGUUCGGUUCAUACGAGGCUUGCACGCUAUUUGCCAAGAAGCGCGUUCAGAAAGACCAACCAACGGUCGCUUUGCAAGACGUCGAGCUCCCCAUACCUCAACAAAUGGCGUCUGGAGCAGUGGCAGGGAUGAGCUACAAUUUCAUCUUCUACCCUGCGGACACGAUCAAAAGCAAGAUUCAGACUGGUGAGCUGAGCGCAUCUGGCGUUCGGCCCACGUUUCUGCAGGUCGGCAGGGCGUUAUGGCAGAGUCACGGACUGAAAGGGUUGUACCGGGGGUGCGGCAUCACGGUUGCAAGGAGUGCGCCUAGUUCGGCGUUGAUCUUUACGAUUGUUGAGAAUCUGAAGAGGGCGUUUGCUUGA